AUGACCUUUUGCUCAGAAUUAAAAAAUCUCACUAUAAAAUGGAAUAGCACAACUUGUUUGCUAAAUGAUGGUUCUAUUUUUUGUUUAUUCUCAUCACAAAGCUUCAUUAUAACCCCUUCAAAUUCCAUUAUCCAUUUGAACUCUUCAAAAUUUAGCAGUUAUGCAGGCCUUAUAGAAGUUGGCGAUUUUGUGUAUUUAUUUGGAGGAACUGAGCACAUUUCAGCUUCAUUUUCACUUAAAAUGAACAAUUGAAGCACGCUUGCUCCGUAUCAAAUAUACAAUAACAGAUAUAUUUCUUGCGCGUUUUUAAAUGGAGAUAUAAUAAUAGGAGGUUUUGAGUCUCAGUUUAUAUCAAAAUAUAACAUUUUGGGAAAUAAGUUUUCAACUAUUCCGGUCGCACUAUCUAAUUGCACUGGAAAAACUUGUUUGGCUACUCCAAAUAAAGCAUAUAUAUACUAAAUCGGAUUGGGAAAUUAUUAUGGAAUUAGAUGAUUUAUACUUAAAAAAAUAAGCUAUGCAUUAAAAAAAGUAUAAUUGAGCACAAUAGAAGUUAUUAUGAGAGUGGCUUAAAUAAUAUCAAUGAAUGAACAUUAAUUGGGAAUGCUGAUAUGAUAGCAGAAGGAUAUCCUUGCCGUUCAUAUGUAUUGCUUCAUGAAGAUUGCUUUUAUUUUAUUACUACUGAUUGGAAUCUUGUUCAGUUUAAUUUGAAAAAUAAAGAAUUAUGCUCCAGCAAACUUUUAAUAAAUUAA